AUUGGCCCAGAAUCAUCUCUGGUCUUACUCAACAUGUUGCCCGCCAAACAUAAUGGACUGAACUGAACCCGAACCCGAACCCGCCGCCAAUAACUCAUUUCUUCUCCACUUUCAAAAUUUACACCAGCAGGGUUUGCGUUGCUGCUAUCCCUCUUCGUUGAACAACACUUCACCAACAUAACCAUCAAUGGCACUCAUCAAAUCAAGGGCACACUCUCACUUGCACCACUCACUUUUCCAGCACUUACCAUACACUUUCCGACUAUGUUCUUCUUCACCUCUCCUUUCACACGAAACCAGCGAGAACAACACUCCUCAAAACACCAAUCUAUCCCCCGAAGACUCUAACAUUAUCGACAAAUUUCACACCGUCAUUAAAGACCACUACCGCAAAAACCCUAACCCUAACCCUAAUCCCAUUUUACCCUCACACAAUUUCUCCAUACCCGAUCUCUCCAUUGAUUUUUCCAAAAUCUCAACCGCCCAUUCAAUUUCCCCCUCCAUCACCCGCCGCGUGAUUGAGAAAUGCGCCGGUGUCCGCCACGGCAUCCCAUUCCUCCAAUCCCUAGCUUUCUUCAAUUGGGCCACCACCCUAGAAGGCUUCCCCUCCUCCCCGGAGCCUUACAAUGAGAUGAUCGACCUCGCCGGAAAGCUCAGACACUUCGAUUUAGCAUGGAAUUUGAUCGAUUUGAUGAAAUCGCGUGGUGUCAAAAUAACCAUAAGCACGUUCUCUAUCCUCGUCCGACGAUACGUGAGGGCCGGAUUGGCCGUGGAGGCGGUGCAUGCUUUUAAUCGAAUGGAGGACUAUGGUUGUACUCCUGAUAAGGUUUCAUUUUCAAUUGUUAUUAGUAGUUUGUGUAAGAAGAGAAGAGCUAGUGAAGCGCAAACGUUUUUCGAUAGUCUUAAGCAUAAGUUUAAGCCUGAUGUUAUAGUUUAUACUAGCUUAGUUCAUGGUUGGUGUCGCGCUGGUGAUAUAUCGAAAGCCGAGGAGGUUUUCAGUGAUAUGAAGGUGGCUGGUGUGAAGCCUAAUGUUUAUACUUACAGCAUUGUGAUUGAUUCGCUUUGUCGGAGUGGACAAAUCACUCGUGCUCAUGAUGUUUUCUCUGAGAUGAUAGAUGCUGGAUGUGAUCCUAAUGCUGUUACUUUUAAUAGUCUAAUGAGGGUUCAUGUGAAAGCUGGUAGGACUGAGAAGGUUUUGCAGGUUUAUAAUCAAAUGAAGAGACUCGGUUGUGCUGCUGAUACGAUUAGUUACAAUUUCCUCAUUGAGAGUCAUUGUAAGGAUGAGAAUCUUGAUGAAGCUGUGAAGGUUCUUGAUACUAUGGUUAAGAAAGGGGUUGCUCCUAAUGCAUCUACUUUUAAUUCAAUUUUCGGAUGCAUAGCUGAGUUGCAUGAUGUGAAUGGCGCGCAUCGGAUGUAUGCUAAAAUGAAGGAACUGAAAUGCUUGCCUAAUACCUUGACUUAUAAUAUACUGAUGAGAAUGUUUGUUGACUCGAAAUCUAUUGAUAUGGUUUUGAAGUUGAAAAAGGAAAUGGAUGAGAAUCAAGUUGAACCUAAUGUGAAUACUUACCGGAUUUUGAUUAUGAUGUUUUGUGAAAAGGGGCACUGGAAUAAUGCAUACAAUUUCAUGAAGGAAAUGGUUGAAGAAAAAAGCCUAAAGCCAAAUCUAUCGAUUUAUGAAAUGGUUUUGGAGCUGUUGAGGAAGGCUGGACAGCUCAAAAAGCAUGAAGAGUUGGUCGAUAAAAUGGUUUCGAGGGGAUUCGUCGCUCCUCGCCCUUUGUAAAAGUCGCUUCCUCCUUGACAUCAUUGAGCUGAACAAGGUAUUCAAUUGACCACUUGUUCUCUGAACUGGUAAAUUUUGCUUUAGAAUCCCUGAAUGGUGGUUUGACUGAAGGAACCAAUACACGCACGGGGUUCACCACAUUCGCAGCAUGUCCCUGCCAGCCUGAUGUUCAUGGAGAUGCUAACAAGUUUUGCUUAUUCAAGAAUUUAGAGACUGGAGACGCCCGUAUAUGUGGAAGGAGGUAACUCUAUCAGUGAGAUGUGAUGAACCCUUUUUUGCAAGUGCUGCCUGGUCUGUUUUUACCAGAUUCAUAAACUCAUUUUUGAAUCAGUGGUAGCAAACUGCAUGAACUGCAAAAGCCCCUAUAAGCUAAGCAAGCUGCUAUGUGUAAUGUAUCGGUGCUUGCAAGUAUAGUUGGCUGUUUAUCUGGUUCAUAUUUAAAAAUUGUAGUUGUUUUGCUGAUUGUAAUAAUAUGCAUUGGAUUGUUGUUGUUUUUGUCAGUUUCUAAUAGAAUUUCAUUAUUUAUUCGUUCA